CCGCAGAGAGAGGACGCGCCCCUGAAAGACUCAUCCAGAGCGGAGCUCGGCGAGGGAAGAGAGACGGGAGAGAAGAAGGAGAAGAAGAAGAAGCUGGAACCAGGAGGAAGGAACAACAGAUCCAGGCUCAGCAAGCGGAUCAGAGGACACAGGAUAAAGGACUGCGUCUGCAGAAGGAGAAGUAACACCCUGAGAUCAUUUCAGACCUUUAGUGUUAUUAACAGAGAAAGAGAGAGAGACAUUAAAACAGAGAGAGGGAGAGAGAGAGAGAGAGAGAGAGGGAGCUAGUAAUGUGAGGCUAACACGCAGCUAAUGUUAGCAGGCUAAUUAGCUUGUCAGGCAUCAGGAGGAUCUUCAUGAAACCAGGUCUCUGCUCGGAUUUAAGGCUCUUUUUUAUGUAAUUUAGAGGCUGUGUGGAGGUGCUUUGUUAAACCCUGCGUGGUGAUCAUGUUCAGCUUUGAGUAGGGAACAAAAAAAGUCAGAUAAAAACCAGGAAAGCUUCUUUUAUUGAUGAGAAUUAGCUUCAAUCAGCCGCUGACGCUGUUUCAGAAAUCUUUGUGAUUUUUUUGGGGAGAAAAAAAAAAAAAAAUCAGGAAGGUAAAAGGGGAACAGACUUCCUGAUCCAGACUUCUGAUCCAGACUCUUCUGAUCCGGACUGUCUGCCCUCCAAUGUUAAUGUCGACCGACGUUGCUUCCAUACUGCUGCCCGUUAGUCGGGGGAUCAUGGACCGGGAGAGAGACACUGAAGCAGCCGCCGGACCCCUCACGAACCCGGCUGGGGGUCCAGCAGCUGUCCGGGGGAUGAAGCGAGGAGACCCGGACCCGGACCCUCAGACCCCCGCUGCCCUCACAGACCUACCCGGGGCGGACUGCAAGAGACCCAGGAUAGAUGGGACCGUGGUGGCUGUUGGAGACAUUGGACAGAACAAUGAGCCGUUAAACCCGGGUUUCCAUGGAUACCCACCUCACAGUCAGGGCUCUCAGGAUUCAACAGGAGCACAGGAGGGAUUGGUGGCCCCACCCUUUUCAGCGUUCCCCCCUCCACCCCCUCCUCAGAACGGGCUGCCAGGGACGGAGUUCGGCCCCGGGGCCAUGUUUGGGGCAGGGGGCCCGGGGGCUGCAGACGUUGGGGCUGCUGCUAACGGAGCCGCCAGCGCAUCCCCCACCAACAACAACGGAAAGACAGAGGAGACGUCCCAGGGCGAGGUGGUCUUACAGUGCAGCUCAGGAGCUACAGGAUCAGGGGGCUCUGUUGGAGACCCCUCAGAGGCCAAAGGGACCCCGAAACGCCUCCACGUCUCAAACAUCCCCUUCCGCUUCCGGGACCCUGACCUCAGGCAGAUGUUUGGGCAAUACGGGAAGAUCCUGGAUGUGGAGAUAAUUUUCAAUGAGCGGGGUUCAAAGGGUUUUGGCUUUGUGACAUUUGAGACCAGCGCAGACGCAGAGAAAGCCCGGGAAAAGCUCCACGGGACGCUGGUGGAAGGUCGUAAGAUUGAGGUGAAUAACGCCACCGCCAGGGUGAUGACUAACAAGAAAAUGGUCAGCCCCUACCCGAACGGAGAGGCUCUCAGCACACUGCCCUAUGCGGGCUGGAAACUGAGUCCUAUGAUGGGGGCUGUCUACGGACCCGAGCUGUACGCAGUUCCAGGGUUUCCGUACCCUUCUGCAGCUGCAGCAGCCACCACAGCAGCUGCAGCUUUCCGUGGCGCCCACCUCAGGGGUCGAGGCCGGCCCGUCUACAGCGCCGUGAGGGCUGCGGUGCCUCAGCCCGCCAUCCCAACCUACCCUGGACUAGUGUUUCAGGACUCAGUCCUUAGUCCCAGAUUGCCUCAGGGAGGCUAUCCCGCUGCUGCUGCCGCCGCUGCUGCUGCCUAUCGCUACGCUCAGCCGGCCGCCGUGACCGGAGCGACCGCCGCUGCGGCCGCCUACAGUGACAGUUACGGCCGUGUGUACACUACAGACCCCUACCACGCUUUAACUCCAGCUGCUGCUGCGUACGGCGUCGGAGCCAUGGCCAGUUUAUACCGGGCGGGGUACAGUCGGUUCGCUCCGUACUAAAACCACAAAUCACAACCAAGGAAUUCCACGUGGCUCCAAACCUCCUUUUUUUAGCUCUUUGUUUGGCAGCAGCUCCCCUCCAUCGUCCUGCAGACGGACUGAAGCAACAACCCCUGUUUGUUUGUUUGUUUGUUUGUUUGUUUGUUUGUUUGUUUUUGAAGUUGUCUCUCUCUCUCUCUCUCUCUGCGUGGAGAGAGAGGUCACCCGCCACAUCAUCUGUUCCCCGUGCUCUUCUGUGUGUCACUGCCACGAGCGUCUCCAAGCUGGAGCCUGAAACGUUGAACUUUUGAGGCGCAGUUUUUGGACGUUUUUUUUUAGAAACACUACGAGACCUGGGAGGAGAGGCGGCUUGUUUCUGUGUUCACCUCUUUCUUGUUUCUCUUCUCUGAACUGCCCCUUUAAACCCAGACCAGAUCAGACCUGCACACACACAUCAAGUACAGCUGCAUCCUUUAUCCCCCGGCCUGCAUUACUUUAAAGGUACUUUCAUUUUUUUAGACACUACAUGCAUUUAAAGCGACAGCGUCCCUCUGGUUUGGUAUAAAAUGCACAAAUAAAUCGGACUCCUCAGACGGAAGGCGGCGAGGGAAUGAUGUUUUUUAAGAGUGGGACGUUGAGCUUGGAGGGAAGCUGGGAGCGUCGACUGACAGGAAACCACUGACUCUAAACCAACAGCAUGGGAAUACGUCUCUUUUUGUCAUUUUUAAAACUUCCCCUCAGUGUAAAAGAAAAAAAAACAACAAAAAAACUAAAAACCCAAUUUAAAAAAAAAAAAGGAGACAAGGAAAAAAAAGAACCCCAGACUUUUUCUGCAUUACCUCAGUUUCUCUUUCUUUACUUUGCUGCCAUCGAGGAGCGACGGCGUCUUGGAGGACGCUCUACACGGUCCACUUCUUUCAGAGACAGAGCCCACACUUCGUCCUUAAACGCUGGUCCACACAUUUCCAUUUAUUACUGUAACUACAACACUAAGACCGGACGCCGCCAGCUCUGAUCCGACCCUUCAUGUGCGUCCAUUUCCAGAACUGAGUGCUCCCCUUAAUCCCGGAUCUGCCCGUAGUCUGCUUCUUCUUCUUCCCAAAAAAGGACCCGGCGCACGUCUCCCUCUCUCUCCUGGAGCGUCACACAUUCCAACAGACAGACUCUCCGACGGAUGAAGACAGCGUGGAACACAAACACACCGGGUUUAGCCGUGCAGAUCUGAAGCGGGAGGACCCACAUGGGGAACUAAUCACCUCGCCAGCCACCGGCCAAACGGGGGAAUCUCCUCUCCUCUCUCCUGGCCGGAGGAGAUAUUUCUGCUCCGUGUCUGAACAGUCGAUCCCGGCGGAUUAGGAAACAAUGAAACAAAGAGACUGCUGCGAUCAUGUGACGGGAGUCUCUGAAGUGAUGACAAUUUAUCUUUCUUUCUAUUUAUAUUCAUCAUUUUUAAUGUGGCAGGGAUCCUGUCGGUAGAACUGACUGUACGUAAAGAUGGACGACGCGCCUCCUGCUCCUGUUGUGGGAAAGUGAAGCCAAAAUCCCCCCGAACGCCAUGUUACACGUGGCUGAGAUACAAUCCUCUUCCUUAAGUUACAAAAAUGACACUGUGUUAGCGUUUGUUACGUUCCCUCCUCUACUCUGAUGAUCUUGAGCCUCAUUGGUCCAGAGAGCUGUCAAUCAUGAUGUCACACCCCUUUUUUUUUUAUAGAAUCAAUGAACUAAAACGAUCAGAUUAUCAAAAACAGGGACAUAAAUGAGCAUAUAGUCCCAUCUGUUCACAUGGAGGAGGCGGGGCUUAUGACCUGUACCAAAUCCAGCCACCAGGGGGAGCUCUACAUGUUUUGGCUUCCCUUUUCCAGAGCGGUGUGGUCGUCCGUCUCUUGGUGCAGUCUGUGGUCAGUAGUAAACCUUCAUCAUGCGCUCUGGGAUCGAUGGUUUUUAAAGGACCGGUUCUCGCCGGGUCCCUGUAUUUAUCACCUCUCUGUAUACUCUCACUUUGUUGUUAUUUGCUCUUGUUUGGUUCCAAAGAUUUUCUGAAGAAGCACAUUUUUGGUCCUGAUGUAUUUCUUAUUUUGGUGUUGUUGUUAUUUCCUGCCUCUGUUGUGUUUUUUAUGCGCGGCGUGUUGCGGCGGCUGCUAGCUGCAGCGGCGGCGGCGUGCUGCGGCGGCCUGCAGCUGUAUCAGUCAGUACAGUGUUUAAACAGCACUCUGGGAAUCGGCACUAAAGCCGCUUCGACUCGUGUUUUUAAAGGUUGCAGCAAAUUUCUGGGAAAUACUGAGCGUCGGCGAAAACCAAACAGCCACUGUGAGAUUGAAGUCGGCGCACACACGCUCUCGGUGUUCGCUGCAGACGAGGGAAAUCAGAGCGGGAGGGGAGUCAUGAGGGACGAGCCGGAAUAAAGAGAGCGGCGUUUUGUUAAUGGAGCGCCAAAUUACAGGCGGAGUGAGCAGAGGGGACGCGUCCACACAAUGUCCCGCUCGCCAAGCUGAGCCUCCUCUCUGAACAAUGAGGCGGCGUGUGGGCGAGGAGUGCAGGAGGAGUGCAGGAGGAGUGCAGGAGGAGUGCAGGAGGAGUGCAGGAGGAGUGCAGGAGGAGUGCAGGAGGAGUGCAGGAGGAGUGCAGGGGAUCUGUGGUGGUGAAGGUGAGACGCUGAGCCAUUAAUCACACGCUGACAGGAUAACAACGUCCCCUGCCGCCUCUUUGGGAGGAGAGCGAGAGUGUCAGGGCGAGCGCGGCGAGCAGGGCGUGUUGUUUUUGUACGGCGGUGUGCAGGAGGUCCAAUGAGUGGUUUUUUGAAGCGCAUUACCUCUUCUUUUUUUUUUUUGUCGUCUUUUUAUUCCUUACAAGUAUUAUCCGAAGUGUUGCUAUGCAUGCUAAGAGGAAGGGUGUCGGUCCGAGAAUCUUUUCAUUUGUGCAUGAAUUCAAAUCCUAGUGCUGGAGGAGGAGGAGGAGGAGGAGGAGGAAGAGGAAGAGGAAGAGGAGGAGGGGGGUGUUUACAGAGCAGGAGGAUGAAGAUCUGGGAUGUUGUGCGAUGCGAGGCGACGGGAGUGAGUCCAGUCCAGAGCGAGCGGCCCUUCAGUCUGCUUCAGUAAUCAUGGUUCUCUCUCUGUGAGCUCGUCUGAGAAAUAUCUGACGUGUGACGUUUCAUUUGGACUCUGCGGUUUGUUUUUAGAACAAAGAGAAACUCAAACAGAAAGAAAGAAAGAUGGCCGCCCAUCAAACGGUUCUUCCUUCUUUAAACACGUCGGCCCGACUUUAGAUCACUCUGGUUUUAAAGGACGACAGUUUUUCAUCCUGCAGCAACAAAACAGACUUUAAUGGCUGAAACCCUAAAGCUAAAGUUCUUCUUUCUGCACGGACUGAAGAACAGAAACAGAAAUCAUCUGGGUGAUAGUUUUAGUUUUAUGUGGAAACAGCUGUUAAAUCUCUCUCCUCAGAGUCACCAGACUCCACUGACGAAAGCUCUCUGAUACUCUGCCGCCAUGACGCUUCUCUUUGCACAGGAAACAGCAGCAGCUUUGUACUCACUGAGGUAGAAUUAAAGGUUCAAUCAGUGACGUUUGGUUUGUGCAAAGACGGCAUGAAAGCUUCGUACUCUCCAACAUCUGGAAUACAUGCAAAGAAAUGUGACAUUUUCCUGCAGAUUGAAUCCACUCUCAGUCGUGACACAGGCUGUAACGGCUCCAAUGUAAUCCUUUGGUUCCUCUUGAAGACGUCUUCGUCUGCAGGAGACUUCUUCAUAUUCUGCAGCUUCAGUUUGAGAGAUAGUUUCUGUCAUUACUUAGUCUUUAGUGAAUAAUACGGCUGGUUUGGGUAAAUCAAAGUGUCAAAAGCUCUAAAGUUAAAUUAAAGCAGGGAAGACGAGCAUCAAAUUAAAGGUUCCAUCAGUGAGGUUUGGAUUAUGUAAAGACGGCAUGAAAGCUUCAUACUCUCCAACAUCUGGAAUACAUGCAAAGAAAUGUGACAUUUUCCUGCAGAUUGAAUCCACUCUCAGUCGUGACACAGGCGGUAAUGGCUCCAAUGUAACCCUUUAAUUCCUCCUUGAAGUCGUCUUUGUUUGCAGGAGACUUCUUCAUAUGCUGCAGCUUCAGUUUGAGAGAUAGUUUCUGUCAUUACUUCUCUUUAGUAAAUAAUACGGUUGGUUUGGGUAAAUCAAAGUGUCAAAAGCUCUAAAGUUAAAUUAAAGCAGGGAAGACGAGCAUCAAAUUAAAGGUUCCAUCACUGAGGUUUGGUUUGUGCAAAGACAGCAUGAAUGCAUCGUAGUCUCCAACAUAUUAAAUACAUGCAACUUUCUCCUGCAGAUUGAAUCCACUCUCAGCCGUGACACAAGCUGUAACAGCUCCAAUGUAAUCCUUUGGUUCCUCCUUGAAGACGUCUUCGUCUGCAGGAGACUUCUUCAUAUUCUGCAGCUUCAGUUUGAGAGAUAGUUUCUGACAUUAUUUCUCUUUAGUGAAUAAUACGGUUAGCUUGGGUAAAUCAAAGUGUCAAAAGCUCUAAAGUUAAAUUAAAGCAGGGAAGACGAGCAUCAAAUUAAAGGUUCCAUCAGUGAGGUUUGGAUUAUGUAAAGACGGCAUGAAAGCUUCAUACUCUCCAACAUCUGGAAUACAUGCAAAGAAAUGUGACAUUUUCCUGCAGAUUGAAUCCACUCUUAGUCGUGACACAGGCUGUAACAGCUCCAAUGUAAUCCUUUGGUUCCUCCUUGAAGACGUCUUCGUCUGCAGGAGACUUCUUCAUAUUCUGCAGCUUCAGUUUGAGAGAUAGUUUCUGCCAUUACUUAGUCUUCAGUGAAUAAUACGGAUCAAAGUGUCCGUUUGUGACACUCCAAAACUCAAACCUUAAUAAAUGAAAGCAGGGAAGAUGAGCGUCAAGUUAAAGGUUCCAUCAGUGAGGUUUGGUGGAUUUAAGGAGAAGCUGUUUCUGGUAAAAGUGAGGCGAUUACACCUGCAGAAAGUCCAAUUUUUCCUCAAUUCAAGGCUCUAAUUAUUCUUCAGAUAUUUAAAGACAAACUCUCUUCAUGUCAGGCGUUUGUUCUCCAAACUCUCUCUGCAGCCGAUCGAUCAGCUGAUCGUGUCUCUGUUCGUCUUUGUUGAUUUAAACAGUUUGUCAAGAUGUGACAGAAUGUUCCUGAAACUCACAAAAACACCCAGAUUAAAAAACAGACUGAGGCACAGAGAGAGAAAUAAAGUCCUUAUUCUUAGAGAAGAGGUUUUGUCAGCGGGGUUUGGAGGCUUUCAGACGAUCUCACUCUUUGAGAGAGAGAGAGUUUGUGGUCUUCCUUUCUGAAGUGACUUUGACUGGAUGCAGACGCCUCAAAAACCUGCAGAGCGUCCAUUCAGCCGGUUUAGAAUCAGGGUUCUGUUUCUGCUUCUGUUCGUCUUUCAGACCAGAGAACUGUCGGAGUAGAGCCGAGAGUUUAGACGCGAUGAACCUUGAGUUACGUCGAGGUCUCUGCAGGAUCUCAAUCUGAACCUUUAAACUGACCCAGGCGUCUCAUCCUGGUGUAGGUCAGUGAUUUGUUGAUCGAGCGGUGAGGUGACUCCUGCUCGUCGCGUCGGUCUCUCGUAGUCGGACCGGAUCCAGCAUCCUCUCUGAGCUGCUGCGGACGUGAAGUUCUCCUCGGCUGCUGACCCCGCCUCCCCGCGCUGAGCUCGACCCGGCUCGACCCGGCUCGACCCGGCUCGACCCCGUGGGAGCUUGUCUUUCGUUGUACAGGGAUUUUACUCGAUGAGUUGAAACUGCAUGUGUUUUUUUUAAUGUCACAUGCUCUUAAAGGCUCAUCAUCCAAGUGUUUCUUUCAAUAAGUGACGUGUUUUUUUCACCCUUUUUUCUGUUUGCCAUCCUUGUGUCUGCCUUCUGUUUAUUCUUCAUUAUUAUUGAAUGUAUAUAAUAAACAAACUGUUUGGUUUUUA